AUGAAGCCCGCAAAUCACAAUUUCACCCAGUCCGCAACGCCGCUGCACAACCGCUUCCAACGUGUCCUCGAUGUCAACGGACAUUCCGGGCUCAAAUCGGACUUGUUGGACAUCUUCGGAUUAACUGCGCCUUUCGAACGGCACCAACCUUCGUCCCCCCGCCUGCCUCUUCCUCCUCCUCUCCGCCGCCAACUAACCCUGACAAUUCUUCUGACCCACCACUUCCAUCAUCGUUUCCCUCCUCCUCCUCCUCCUCCUCCUCCUCCUCCUCCUCCUCCUCCUCCUCCUCGCCCACUGCUCCAACGGCAGCUGCUUAGGCGACUGUCCCGCGCACAACAACUGACACUACCACCACCUCCCCCGACUCCAGGGAUGAGGAUCAGGACUACAACUGCCCUCACUGCGACCGUACCUUCACCUCACGCAUCGGCCUGGUGGGUCACUUGCGAAUCCAUCGCACAGAGACUGGCGAACCAGUGCCUGGAGCACCAACCUACACCCACCGCACUCGCCUCCACUGCCCACACUGCCCUCGCACCUUCACGCAUCGCAUGGUCUAUUCGGCCACAUGCGCAUCCACGACGACCUGCGGUAGACAACCGCCGGUCACACCACACAUUCCCUCACUCCCUACCUCCUAACACCAUCACCCCACCAGACAUCAACCCUCACACACCUCAUGCUCUCAACUGCCGCCUCCCACGCAAGUGGGAAGUGUGCAUCUCGACUCGGUCCCCAUGCGGCGUCGGCUGCACGGGUGACUUGAGUCCGAGACUAUCCCGACACGUCAAGCGUCGUGGAUAG